AUGGAUAGUAACAUUGCUGAACUCGUCUACUGGCGUGACCCUAAAAACACCGGCAUUGUCUUUGGCGCUGGCUUGGUGAUUCUCCUGUCACUCUCCAUUUUCUCGGUCAUCUCAGUCGUCGCAUACUCUCUUCUCUUUACCCUUCUUGGCACUUUAUCUUUCCGAAUUUACAAGAAUGUUAUGCAAGCUGUUCAGAAAACCAAUGAUGGACAUCCGUUCAAAGACUACCUCGAAAUCGAAAUCACGCCAUCCCCUGAUCGAAUUCAUGAGAUAGUCGACACGGUUGUUGCGCAUGGUACCUGCUUCAUCAACCGAAUGCGAAGUAUUCUUCUUGUUGAGGACAUCGUCGAUUCACUGAAGUAUCUUCUCAUCUUUUGGGCUCUCACCUACAUCGGUGGCUGGUUCAACGGCCUGACUCUAAUUCUGUUGGCGUACAUUGCUGCUUUCUCGCUUCCCAAGGUUUAUGAGCAAAACAAAGCUCAGAUUGACCAAUACCUGGAACUGGCAAACAGUAAAAUUGCUGAAAUCAGCGACAAGUAA